AUGAAAGAACUGGAGAAAAUGGGGACUGUGCUAAGGGAAGAAUCUGAGAAAGUAGGUCUAACUAUAAGUGAAAAUAAAACAAAGUUCAUGGUAGUAGGAAGAAGAGCUCAUUUAGGACCAAAUCAUCUAAAAAUCGGAAAUCUAACAAUACAGAAGACAGACACAUUCAAGUACCUUGGUGUCAAUAUCAACCAACAAAACCUUACAGAGCAGGCAAAAAUAGGAAUAUAUCAGACCAUCGUGAAGCCAAUAGUGUGCUAUGCAAUGAGUGUGAAAAUUAACAGUCUAAGAUGGUACAGACAUGUGAGGAGGAGAGGGGAGAACACGGUAAUAAAGGCUGUAAUUAAUGGAGAAGCUGCAGGAAAGAAACCACUGGGACGCCUGAGAAUGAGAUGGAAAGAUAAUACCAUGGGAGACAUGCAGAUACUGGGUCUGCGAGAUGAAGAUGCAGAUGACAGGAAAGUGUGGAAGGCUGGACUGAGUGAGGACUGGCUGCAGUUGUGUGACCUGUAUAAGAAAAGAGUGAAACUGAUAUCUUGGAAGAGGUCUGGUCAUUUUAAAAAUAAUAUAUGCAUAUCAGAUGUGCUAUUAAACAAAGUGGCCCCUUAA